AAGGUUCAAUUUCCAUAGAUUGUUGCUAUUCAUCUCCAUCACCACAAAUUAAAUUGAACUCUGAAAACGACAAAAUCCCCGCCAAGUACAAGUAACCAAGGUCACAAACGAAGAAAUGCUGCAACCCAGCCCGCAUCACCACCCGGUUCUUGCGGGUCAUCCGCCACGCCCCGGUAGUAAUGCUACCCGUUGCCACCAGCUUCCACUUCCCCUUCCAGCACCAACGACAGCAAGAACCAGAACCUCCUUAGUUUUUGCCUAUAGAAGGCCUCCGUCUCCCCCUCCCCCUGCAAUUGCGUUAUCUCUCGCCAAAGCCAGCGCCGGUGCUGGAGCUGUUGGAGUAACGAAGAGACCAACGAGCGCCUGCCUUUUUGGCGGAUGUUUCCAUUGGUUAACCGGUUCAAACAAGAAGAGGGUGGAGGUGGUAGUGGGCAAUUACGUUUCUGGAACGUUCUUUGCCUCUCUGUUAGGGUUUGAUAUUCGCUGUAACGCGAAAGCGGAAGCUGAGAAGAGACGCCGGAGUGGGGGCCGCAACUUUGUCGAUAGCUACGAAAGCGGUUCGGUCCGGAGUUCCGAUAAGCGGGAGGUCCGAUCUGGAAGGGAAGCGGGAACGGACGUGAUCAUUGUCGGAGCUGGCGUCGCCGGUGCUGCUCUGGCUCACACUCUCGGUAAGGAUGGAAGGCAGGUUCAUGUCAUUGAACGAGAUUUGACAGAGCCAGAUAGGAUUGUUGGUGAACUGUUACAGCCUGGAGGAUACCUAAAACUAAUUGAGUUGGCCCUUGAGGACUGUGUUGAGGACAUUGACGCCCAGAAGGUGCUUGGAUAUGCUCUUUUCAAAGAUGGGAGAGGCACUAGGUUGUCUUAUCCCUUGGAAAAGUUCCACUUGGAUGUGGCUGGUAGAAGCUUCCACAAUGGAAGGUUCAUACAGAGGAUGAGAGAAAAAGCUUCUAUGCUUCCAAAUGUACAACUAGAGCAAGGAACUGUAACAUCCCUUCUUGAAGAAAAUGGAACUAUUAAGGGGGUUAAGUACAAAACUAGGACUGGUCAACAGCUUAAAGUGUAUGCACCUCUUACUGUUGUUUGUGAUGGAUGCUUCUCAAAUUUGCGCCGUGCUCUAUGCAACCCUAAGGUAGAUGUGCCCUCUUGCUUCAUCGGCUUGGUCUUGGAGAACUGUAAGCUUCCAUUUCCAAAUCAUGGCCAUGUGAUAUUAGCAGAUCCCUCGCCCAUAUUAUUUUAUCCCAUAAGUAGUACAGAGAUUCGUUGCUUAGUUGAUGUACCUGGUAAAAAGAUCCCUUCUAUUGCUAAUGGUGAAAUGGCCAAAUAUUUGAAGACUGUGGUGGCUCCUCAGAUUCUACCUGAGCUGCAUGAUGCAUUUACAGCGGCAAUUGAUAAAGGGGAUAUUAGAACAAUGCAAAAUAGAAGCAUGCCAGCUGCUCCCUGUCCUAUUCCUGGAGCAUUAUUAAUUGGUGAUGCUUUCAACAUGCGUCAUCCUUUAACUGGUGGAGGAAUGACUGUGGCACUCUCUGAUAUUGUUAUUCUGCGGGAUCUCCUUAAGCCUUUGCAUGACCUGAAUGACUCAACUUCAUUGUGCAGAUAUCUUGAAUCCUUUUACACUUUACGAAAACCUGUGUCAUCCACAAUAAACACUUUGGCUGGAGCCCUAUAUAAGGUGUUCUGUGCAUCUCCUGAUCGAGAAAGGAAGGAAUUGCGCAAAGCAUGUUUUGAUUAUUUGAGCCUUGGAGGUGUUUGUUCUAGAGGACCCAUGGCUCUACUAUCUGGACUGAAUCCUAGCCCUUUGAGCUUGGCACUCCAUUUCCUUGCUGUGGCUAUAUAUGCUGUUGGGCGCCUGUUGCUACCAUUUCCUUCCUUUGAACAUCUGCAGAUAGCUGCAAGAUUACUUUUGGUUGCAUGUAGUAUCAUUUUUCCAAUCAUAAAGGUUGAAGGAGUAAGGGAAACAUUCCUCCCUGCAACUGUUCCGGCAUAUUGUAGAGCAGCUCUUCCUGUUAACUGGAUUGUGAAUUAAGCAAGACAAAUGUCCAGGGAGCUUUGGCUUUAUUUAAGGCAUUUUAUUAGCUUUUACGACCUUCACUGUUCAAGGCAGCCGAAUAGCUUCCACUGAGGGAUUGUUAAAAUUUUUCACACAACUAUAAUCUGAUGUUAUAAUGCAUGAAUAGAAAGUAAGUGUCUUAUAACUGUAAAAUUGUAUUUUUCCCAACUUCUUGGGAUAUCUUUAAAUUGAAACAACUCUCUAUUCUUUGUGCUAAAAACUUUGAUCAAGUCAAUUAGUUAAG